CAGGGCAUCCAGUUCGGCUUUUUCAAGCAGCUUCCACGUGGCCCUUCAGUCGGGCUAGAGGGAGUCGCUCCCCGGCCGCAGGGGACUGGAGCGGUCCGCAGAGCGGCAUCACCAUGGGUCUCCAGCGCAGGGUAAUACGGCUCCUCGCCUGCAACCGGGUCUGGGGCAAUGGCUGGCUGAGGGGGCCAACCCCGCGCGGCGCUGGGAGCCCUCCCGCCGCCCGCCGCUCCCUGUCCGCCGGGCAAGCCGCCCCCGAGGGCGCGUACGAGCAGGCGUUCAGGGCCGCCGUGGCGGAGCCCGAGAAGUUGUGGGGAGAAGCCGCCGGGCGGAUCCAGUGGCACAAACCCUGGGCCAAACUCGUGGACAGGAGCAACCCGCUCGUCGCCUCCUGGUUUGUGGAUGGAGAGCUGAAUAUUUGUUAUAAUGCUGUAGAUCGUCAUGUUGAGAGUGGACAUGCAGACAAGAUUGCUAUUAUCUAUGAUAGUCCUGUAACAAACACUAAACAGGCUAUCACUUACAAAGAAGUUCUUGAACAGGUCUCCAAGUUAGCUGAUGUUAUGGUGAAAUACGGUGUGAAGAAAGGAGAUUGUGUUGUCAUCUACAUGCCCAUGAUUCCACAGACAAUGUAUACCAUGCUGGCAUGCGCAAGAAUAGGAGCCAUACAUAGCCUCAUUUUUGGUGGAUUUGCAUCUAAAGAACUUUCUAGUCGCAUUGAUCAUGCAAAGCCCAAACUUGUUGUAACUGCAACUUUUGGGAUAGAACCAGGAAGGAGAGUGGAAUACAUGCCGCUUCUAGAAAGAGCACUGGAGAUGAUACAGCACCAACCUGAGAAAGUUCUCAUAUACAGUCGACCUCACUUGGGAACUGUUCCUCUAGUCUCAGGUCGUGACCUUGAUUGGGAUGAAGAAAUAGCAAAAGCCAAGCCUCAUGAUUGUGUUGCUGUUCGUUCAGAUCAUCCACUUUACAUUCUUUAUACAUCAGGAACGACUGGCUUGCCCAAGGGUGUUGUUAGACCAACAGGUGGCUAUGCGGUUAUGUUGAACUGGACAAUGUCAGCUAUAUAUGGACUCAGACCUGGAGAGGUAUGGUGGGCAGCUUCUGACUUAGGCUGGGUAGUUGGCCAUUCCUACGUUUGUUAUGCACCUCUCCUGCAUGGGAAUACAACUGUUUUGUAUGAGGGGAAGCCUGUGGGAACGCCAGAUGCUGGUGCUUACUUCCGUGUGCUAGCAGAGCAUGGAGUGGCUGCCUUUUUUACUGCACCAACUGCAAUUAGAGCAAUCCGUCAGCAGGACCCUGAGGCAGACUUGGGAAAGCAGUACUGUUUGACAAGGUUCCGAACAUUAUUCGUAGCUGGUGAACGCUGUGAUGUGGAGACAUUAGAAUGGUCCAAAAAAGUCUUCAAGGUCCCAGUGUUGGAUCACUGGUGGCAAACUGAAACUGGAUCUGCAAUUACUGCUUCCUGCAUCGGUUUGGGAAACUCUACAACUCCUCCACCAGGACAGGCAGGAAAAUCAGUGCCAGGAUACAAUGUGAUGGUUCUGGAUGACAACAAGCAACCAGUGAAGGCCAAGACUUUAGGAAAUAUUGUGGUAAAGUUGCCUUUGCCUCCUGGAGCCUUCUCGGGUCUCUGGAAAAAUCAGGAAACGUUCAAGGAGUUAUAUUUCCAAAAAUUUCCCGGAUACUAUGAUACCAUGGAUGCUGGGUACAUGGACGAAGAUGGCUACUUAUAUGUCAUGUCUCGAGUUGAUGACGUGAUCAAUGUUGCAGGUCAUAGAAUUUCUGCAGGUGCAAUUGAGGAGUCUGUUCUUUCCCAUGGAGCUGUGGCUGAUUGUGCUGUUGUUGGCCAAGAGGAUGCCUUAAAAGGUCUUGUCCCAUUAGCACUAUGUGUAUUAAGAAAUGGUAUAAAGACAGAGGAGGAGAUAGUUUUGGAAGAAAUUGUUAAGCGUGUUCGAGAAAGCAUUGGCCCAGUGGCAGCUUUCCGAAAGGCAGUGUUUGUGAAACAGAUACCAAAGACACGUUCUGGCAAAAUACCACGUUCUGCUCUUUCUGCUCUUGUCAAUGGCAAACCAUAUCAGAUAACUCCAACCAUUGAAGAUCCUGGUGUGUUUAAACACGUAGAAGAAGUACUGAAGAAAAAACAAUAAUGUGACUUUUAUCCAUCAUACACUGUUUUUUAACAGUAAACUUCCGAACGUCUGGAAUAAAUGAAGAAAUUUUGUAUUCGGUAACACAGUUAUAGAACAUAUUUUAGAAGUCUGAAAUAACCUGGCACUAAUUUUAUUACUACAAAACUGUUGCUGCUUUCUGUGUCAUAUCAUCAUGGACAGUGAAACAUUUUGAGUUUUGGCAGUAUUUGUCAUUUGUAUUAUACUGGAGGUUUAGACAGAUAUGAAGUAGAUACUUACAGCAGAGAGUUUUAACAGAGCCUUGUGAAGAGGAUUCAUAAAUUCAUAGAGUUCAAGGCCAGAGGGGACCAUCAGAUCAUAUAGUCUGACUACCGUAUAACACAGGUUCGUAAUUUCACCCAGUAACCCCUGCACUGAACACAAUAACUUGUUUGGCUAAAGCAUAUCUUCUAGAAAAGUAGCCGGACUUGAUUAGAUGAUUUGGAGAAUCCACCACUUCCCUUGGUCACUUCUCAACCUUUUUUUGAUAAACUAAACAGAUUGAGCUCUUUAAGACUCUCACUAUACGGCAUUUUCUCCAGCCCUUGAAUCAAUUUUGUGUCUCUUUUCUGCAUGUCUCCCCAGUUUUUCAGCUUCUUUUUAAAAUGCGGACACCAGAACUGUAUGCAUUAUCUCAAUAUCAGUUUCACCAAUGCUGCAUGAAGAUAUAAAAUCACCUCCCAACUCCUACACCCUGUUUAUAUAUACAAAGAUCACAUUAGCAGUUUUUGCCACAGCAUCGCACUGGGAGCUUAUGUUGAUUUUCUCUACUAUGACCCCUAAAUUCUUUCCAGCAUACAGACUCCCAUUCUAUAGGUUUGGCCCGCGUUCCUUGUUCUACUCCUGGUAGAAUUCUGCGCCAAAAAAUUAAAAAUUCUAUGCACAAUAUUUUAAAAUUUUGCAAAAUUCUGCAUAUUUUGUCAAAAUAAUAUAAUCACACCAGUUUCAAUUAUUUUUGGUCAUUUAUUUCAAAAU